GGGAAGAGCUGCAUCCUUUGCACUUUGCGCAUAUUGCAUGAGAAACAUAAACUGAAUGGAUUUAGAGGUUAAAGGAGUGGCUGCUUCUAGGAGCCAAACUCAGCUAUUUUCUCAAAGAAACUGCCCACUACAACAAGGAUGGACUUCCAGACCGUGGGUGAUACAGAAUUCCUGCCUACCUAUGGUCCCACCACUUGACUUGGGAAGCCUUGUUGACUCUGAUGAGGAGGAUAAUUUUUCACAAGUUCCACUUUGUUCAGUGCAUUUUAACCCACCAAAGUUACCUUCUGUUCUUUGUUGGGUUACACCAUAUCAAAAACCACAUACUCAGCAUCAUAUAAAUGAAGUGGAACAAGACAUAAUACCUGAAGAUUUGCCACCACCACCAGGCAGAUAUAAACUAAAAUAUCAGCAGUAUGCAAAUGAAAUGAAAGAGGGUUACAAACAGUAUAUUCAGAGAAAUGCAGAUAAGGCAGAAGCACCUAGCGUACCGCGAGAGACGUCAAGAAACAUGAUAAAUGAAAAGUGUGAACAGGAUGAAGAAGCAAAAGUGGAUGACCUUACAACUUUGGAUAGGAAAGCCCUCUUACAGCAAGGUUAUGCAGACAACCCUCACCUUGUACAACACAGUGCAAGGAAAUCAGAUGCGGAAAUCAUGGCUGUGGAGAAGAAGAAGCAGACUGUGGAGGAGCAGAUGAUGAUAGACCAUUUAUCUAGGGCUGUCAUCAGCGACCCAGAGCAGAGUGUACUCACUGCCGAGAACCGAGAAAGGGCUCAGGUCCCUCCAGGCUCAGAGAGGGCGCUGCUUCGAUUCAGGAAAAGAACGCUGCAUGAAACGAAGAUAAGAACUGAGUCCACAUUCACUGAAAAUGUGCUUUCUCAUAAAGUAGAAUUUGAUGGCAGGAUCUUAUCAAGAAAUGGACGUGAUGCCUGCAGAGAACUGACUGUAUUCUUCUUUACUCACGAUCAGUCCCUUACUGUGUAUGAAUAUAAGCAAUUUGGGAAAAAUAGAACAAUUGUGCUUCCUUUUAUUAAAAAAAACAUUUAUAGUCAUCAGUGUGGACGAAGAAAAGGAAAACAAUACCAACUUGGUGAUUUUUAUAUCGGUGCGACUUUGACAUUUUUGAGUUGUGAUCAUCCCAGCCUUCCAGAGAGCAUUAAAGAAAAUGUGUUACUUCGACUUAGAAUCACAAAUAUUGAUCAAACAGCUUUGGAUUCUUUGAAAAGUGCUUCUGCAGAACAUGAGGAAGACAUAGUCAGCCAGGAAGCCAAGGACAGGCUGUUCCUCAGGGUCAUUCAAGAUGAAUUAAAAGAGCAAUUAUGUAAAAGAGGUGUUCGAAUUUUGACUGGAUUGGGAAAAUACUUUCAGCAUUUGGACAAGGAGGGAAAAGGAUUUUUAGAAAAGGCAGAUUUUCAGCAAGCUCUGAAAGCAUUUCACAUAGAAGUAUCUGAAAAGAACUUUGAGUCUUCGUGGCUAAUUCUGAUCGGCACUGGCCAUGACAAGGACAAGGUUGAUUAUGGAGAAUUCAAGCGGGCCAUUAUUGGUGAAAUGAAUGAAUAUAGGAAAUCAUUUGUUCGAAAGGUGUUCAUGAAACUGGAUUUCAACAAAACUGGCAUUGUGUCUAUGACAGACAUAAGAAAAUGUUAUUGUGCAAAGAAGCAUCCACGUGUGAUUUCAGGCCAUUCGACAGAGGAAGAAAUCAAAUCUUCUUUUCUAGAGACAUUAAAAGAUGCCUGCAGCAAGUCUGAUGAAGUGUCCUAUGGUGAAUUUGAAGAUUACUAUGAAGGUCUAAGUAUAGGGAUAGCAGAUGAUGAAGAUUUUGCUAACAUCUUACGCACUCCAUGGGGAAUCUAG